CUCCCCCCUAUCCAUACUAGGCCCCUUGGGUCUGGUAUGGAUUUUAAGGGGAACAACAUGCUAAAAUAAAAAAAAAUUGCCAUGGAACCCCCCCAAAAUCCAUACCAGACUCUUAUCCAAGCAUGCAGCCUUGCAGGUCAGGAAAGGGGGGGAGAAAGCUCCCCCCCGAACCUGCAAUACCAGGCCACAUACCUCCAACAUGGGGGUAUACCCUGCCAGGGACGCAGUAUGGCAAAGCCCCAUGUUAAUGGAGACAAGAACUUCUUCCCCACAUCCUUGGCCCAGUGAAGGGGGGUCUGUGAAUGAUGGGGUGAAUUUAUUGGAAUCUAUAGGUCCCCUUUAA